UUAUGCCAUUAUAAAAUGAUUCAUAAGUCCCGCUCUUAUAGGUAUAGCUACCACAAAGCCCUAAGAUCUUUAGCAGAAGUUCUAAGCUAUUUAGAAUGGAGGGACACUAUAUUGCAUUGGGCAUUAAUGUUUUAACUUUAUUUCUUCUUAAAUUGUGUGCCCUUCAGGCAGAAGGGCAAAAGCAACCAAUUGCUUCAGCGUUAUAUGUGUUUGGAGAUUCGACCAUAGAUCCUGGUAACAAUAAUUUUCUAGCCACCAUUGUCAAAGCUGAUUUCCUUCCUUACGGAAGAGAUUUCCCAAAUGGUCAGCCUACUGGAAGAUUCACAAAUGGAAGAUUAAUUACAGACCAACUAUCUGAACUGGCGGGACUUCCAGAUUUGCUGCCUGCAUCUUUGGAUCCCGAAUUUCGAGGACAAAAGUUGCUGACUGGUGCAAGUUUCGGUUCAUCUGCUUCAGGAUAUGCAGACAGUACUUCUAUUACGUUGAAUGUGUUGCCAUUGGAGAAACAAGUGGAGAACUUCAGGCUCUAUAAAGCACAGCUUGUAAAACAAUUUGGGCAUGAAACUGCCAACAGGACUGUAUCUCAAGCAUUAUUUGCUAUAAGUGGAGGGACUGAUGACUUUGCCAAUAAUUAUUUCAUAAAUCCUCUAACCAGGAAAAAAUAUACCAUCGAACAGUUCCAAGAUCUGCUUCUAAAUUCUCUAUCUAAAUUUAUACAGAAUGUUUACAACGAGGGUGCUACUAAAAUUGGCAUUGUUGGGCUUCCUCCAUUUGGUUGUUUGCCUUCACAAAUUAGUCUCCACAACAUAGUAGAAAAUACAUGUGUUGAGGAGUUUAACGAGGUUGCGAGCUCCUUCAAUUCCAAGAUUAAAGCGUUAAUAGAGAAGAUAAGACCCAAUUUUCCUGGUGUUCUUAUUGCUUAUUUAGAUAUAUACGAUAAGCUCUUUGAGAUCAUUAAAUCUCCCACUAAGUAUGGUUUUGAAGAGACUAGGAAAGGUUGCUGUGGAACGGGUCUGUUGGAGACAGCAAUACUUUGUAACCCUAGCAGUAUAAUUUGUCAUGAUCCAUCAAAGUAUGUGUUCUGGGAUAGCUUUCAUCCAACAACUGAAUGUUAUCAAAUCAUUGCCAAUGACGUGUUCAAGCAGACAUUGGCUUAUAUCAACUCACCAACCCAGAGAAACUAAUGCAAAGACAAUUGAGUAGGAACAAACAAAAUGCUCAAGAAAUAAACAGUGCAAGCUGCUCAGCACUGUUCAAGAAAUUCUACGUCUCUUUUAAGAUGUGCUUCUUUUAUGUAAAGGGGAGGGGGUGGCAAUAAGCAGUUACAAUACAAUAAGUCUAUUAUCAAGACUUAUAAUAGACAUGGUAAAAGAAAAUGACAUGUCCAAGAGUGGGGUGGGGAUUUACUGAAUUUCCAUAUUUAUAAGUUGUGAAUUUUAGGAGAAAUAAAUAAUAUAUACGAUAAAUUUAUUUGUAAAGAAUGAAAAA